AUGGAAGUCCUUAACAGAUCUUUGUCUCAAGCUGAAAAUGCUAAGAAGCUCCAGGGUAUAAAAAUCUCAAGAAAUGCACCAAAAGUGACAUAUCUACUAUUCGCAGAUGACUUGCUGUUCGCAAAGGCUGACGUUCAAAAUGUAAACACAUUGCUGGAUGUAGUUAAAAAAUUUAGUGAGAUAUCGGGACAACAUAUCAACUUUCAAAAGUCUGUUGUGUUCUUCUCGAAGCAUAUUCACCCACGAAAUUGCAGGAUUUUGUUAAGAAGAUUGAAAAUGAAGAAGGUGUUAUUAGAAGAAAAAUUCCUUGGAAUUCAUUUAUUCUUAAAUAAAAAGAAAACAAAUUCAUUCUCAGGGUUGGUGGAAACAAUGAAAGUAAGAUUAUCUAAGUGGAAUAGGAAGUUCAUAAACCAAGUAGGUACGUUUUUCAUGGUUAGAAGUGUUCUUAGUACUAUGCCGUCUCAUCACAUGAGUGUAUUCAAGUUACCAGAAACCACUAUAAAGGAAAUGGAUAAAGUCCAAAGGUUUUUCUGGUGGAGAAAAGAAGAUGGUAAGGGUUUCUACUUUAUUUAUUGGACAUCAGUUGGGAAGCAUAAAGCACACGGAGGUAUGGGUUUUCGAGAUCUAUCAGUUUUCAACAAAGCAUUACUUACCAAAACAGCCUGGAGGUUAUGUAAUGAGAAGAACCAGCUCUGGUUGAAUGCUAUGAAGAAACACUACUUUGCAGAUACUAAUGCACUACAUGCAAAAAAGAAGAAAAAUUCGUCUUGGGCUUGGCAGAGUGUCUACAAUAUGAUGGGAUUUUUUAAAGAAUUUAGCCUAUGGGUAAUUGGAAAUGGAAACAAAGUUUUAAUCUGGGAGGAUGUCGCUGCCAUACACAAACAAACCACCAACAUCAGUGGUUUCACCAGAGGAAGCAAACAACUACAGGUGGCCUUCACAACAACCAAAGAAAUGAAGGCGAUGUUGCAGAUUGGAUCAGAAGUUGGUUCCUUUGAACGUGGGAGAUGUGCCUAUGCAAAUCAAUAUGUGAAUGCAGAACAAGCAGAAUGUGGAGGUCUUUUACUGGCUAUGGAACAAGAAAUAGGAAUACAACAGGCGUUCUCUGAGCUCGAUGUGCAAGCUGUAGUUGAAGCAUUCAAUCGAGAUCACCAUAAAGUCACUUGGGAGAACCAAUCACUUAUCAUAGAUAUCAAGUCCUUGUUAUGCAGACAUCCAUUAUGGUCCUGCAAGUCUAUUAGUAGAGAUUGUAAUAAGCCAGCCGAUAAGUUGGCUAGGCAUCCGAGAGUUUUUAAAAAUUCUAUUACUUGGUUGAUAAGUCCUCCUAACUUCAUUGCUUCUGCACAGGAAGAUGACAAAAACUUUGUAUCUCAAUUCAGUUAG